AUGUCAAAUCGUUACACAGGACCAAGAAUACCCCCACACAGCCUUUCUUACGGUCAAUCUGAUGUCGUGCCCGUGACAACGGGCGGCGCUGUGAUAGAUCGGCCGCCCAGGCAGCUGGCAACCACGAUCAAGAGACUGCAAUUUUCGGUUGCCCAGCAAGGAACCGAACUGAAAUCGGAGCUGCUUAAGCGCCUCGACAGUCUACCAGCACGUCGAGAGCCUGUCUUCCGAGCUUCUGCCCCGAAUACGCCGAACCAGUCCUACGGAAAGAUGACCAGGAUGAUCGCGAACGUGGAGGCUUCGUUGAUGCAAGUAUUUGGGACCCCACCAGACAAAGAAUGCCUCCAUUGUCGGCGCUCCAACGGCAUUUUCCAUCAAUGCAUCCUUGUCCCGUCACCCACUUCGGCAGUCGUUCAUACCGACGACGCUUCGCUCCCAGACCCCACUAACGACAAUCCGCCCCCGUAUCCCGGCAACGACGAUUCUGUGAACGUCGAUCCCCCUACCUCCCAGGCGCCAACACCCAUCCCUCGACCUCCCAGACCCCGGCCCCAUCGGCCCCAGAGCAGCUGA